CUCACCUGAGUGCAAUCAGACUGAGCACCUGACAGCGACUCGGUAAAUAAAAGAGCUGUGAUGUUUUAUUGAGAAACUUUCUGCUGUUAAAAGCUACAAAAAGCCUGAAAGCUAAUAGCUUGCAGCUAGCCAACGUGAAGACACCAUCAUGGAUAUCCGACCAAACCACACCAUUUACAUCAACAACAUCAACGACAAAGUCAAGAAAGAAGAGUUGAAGCGUUCGCUCUAUGCGCUCUUCUCCCAGUUCGGGCAGAUCAUCGACAUCGUGGCCAUGAAGACGAUGAAGAUGAGGGGGCAGGCCUUCGUCGUCUUCAAGGAGCUGGCCGCCGCCACCAAUGCGCUGAGGCAGCUGCAGGGCUUCCCCUUCUACAACAAACCCAUGAGGAUCCAGUACGCCAAGACCGACUCCGAGGUCAUCGCCAAGGUGAAGGGAACGUACGGCGACAAGGAGAAGAAGAAGGACAAGAAGAAGAAGGCUCAGGAGCCAGCAGCGAACCUCACCAAGAAACCAGCUUUGGGUUCAGCUCCACCUGUCCACUCACCUGCAGUCCAGGUUCCAGACAAUCCGCCCAACUACAUCCUGUUCCUCAGUAACCUCCCCGAGGAGACCAACGAGAUGAUGUUGUCCAUGUUGUUCAACCAGUUUCCCGGGUUUAAAGAGGUCCGGCUGGUUCCGGGGAAACACGAUAUUUCCUUUGUGGAGUUUGAGAGCGACGCCCAGGCAGGAGUAGCUAAAGAUGCCCUGCAGGGCUUCAGGAUCACCGCCACCUGCGCCAUGAAGAUCACCUAUGCCAAGAAGUAGUCCGCUGGACCAGGACCAGACUGGAGACCAGAACCAGACUGGACCCCAGUCUGGACCCCACAAGCCAGACUGGACCCAAUAAACCGGUCUGGACCCCAGUCUGGACACUAGAACUCAGUCUGGACCCCAUAAAUCAGACUGGACCCCAUAAACCAGACUGGACCCCAUAAACCAGACUGGAUUGAACCCACUCUUCUGGACUUUUUCUACUGUUUGUUUAUUAAAUAGUUUUUUGUUUGUUGGUCUGAUUUGUAAAAUAAAAUGUUUUUACUGAG